GGUAACGUCAUCAACCAGCGACGACGUGACGCAGUCAUAUGCGACCAUUAUUUAGUGAUAAUCAACUUUGAAUAAGAUUCACUGACGCGAACAAGCUGGCACCUACAGAAGUGUUGUCAGUAACGACAUGUUUCAUGACAGCUCCCAGAGAACAUACUGGACGUUUCACAGCGAGGACGAAGUGGAGCAGUUGAGAUGUGAAGCCAACCAGAAGUUCAGGAAGAAGGUGCUGGAGAGUGGGAAGCACAAAAUACAUGAGUCCUUGUUCCUGGAGCGCCAUGAAGAAGAUGUCCUCUUCAGAAACUAUGAGAGAAGACUGCUGGACUUCUGCAAUGUGUUUAAACCUAUAAUGCCCAAAUCUGUCAUUGGAACAGCCCUCAUGUACUUCAGAAGAUUCUACAUGAACAACUCUCUAAUGGAGUACCAUCCGAAGAUUAUUAUGCUGACGUGUGCAUACCUGGCCUGCAAGGUGGAAGAGUUCAAUGUUUCCAACAGCCAGUUUGUGGGCAAUCUCGUGCAGGAGACUCCGGCCGAGCAGGAGCGCGUUUCAGAGCAGAUCCUGGAGUACGAGCUGCUUCUUGUCCAGCAACUCAACUUCCACCUGGUAGUCCACAACCCCUACAGACCCCUGGAGGGCCUGCUCAUCGACCUCAAGACAAGAUAUCCUCCACUGGAGAACCCCGAGUCACUGAGGAAGAAUGUGGACGACUUUCUGGGGUAUGCAGCCAUGACAGACGCAGGGCUGCUGUUUCCCCCGUCACAGAUCGCCCUCACUGCUAUCCUGAAUAGCGUCUCACGAGCUGGUCUCAACAUAGAAAGCUACCUGACUGGAUGCUUCGGACUGAAGGAUGACAAGGAAACCCUCUCCAAGAUGUACGAUUCCAUGCGACGGAUUAAAAGCCUCCUGAAGAAAUACCAACUUCCACAACCUGCGGAAGUGAAUGUUUGCAAGCAAAGGUUGGCCAAGAUCCACGCGGAAUUUGGAAGUUCAAACAACAAACGCAAGCGAGGCUACGAGGAUGACGGCCAUGUCGCAAAAGAGCCGCGCCUGACAGAAGAGGAGUGGACUGAUGAAGACCUAAUUUGAUCAAUUGUUUGCUUUCAUUCUGGGAUGAUAAAAAAAUAAAAGCUAUUUUUCUAAA